AUGGGCCGCGCCUGCAAGCACUGCGGCUGCUCCGAGGUCGACGAAGAUGCUGCACGCGGAGAUGCUAUUUGUAUGGGAUGCGGUGCGGUCCUCGAGGAAAGUAUCGUCGUCGUUGAAACCCAAUUCGCCGAGAUCGCCAGUGGAUCGCAUGUCGUUGUCGGUCAACAUGUUAGGAUAGACCGACAAAAUCCGCUCGGCAACCAAGAUUCAAGAGAACAAACUUUCUACAAAGGAAAGAAGCUUAUAGAAGAGAUCGCUAGUCAACUUCGGAUUGCUUCACAUUGCAUUGAUACAGCCUUCAACUUUUUCAAGAUGUGCGUUUGCCGUGGUGUUACUAGGGGCCGAAUACGAUCUCACGUGGUCUCGGCAUGCCUUUAUAUGACCUGCCGCCUCGAGAAUACGGGUCAUUUGUUGCUCGAUUUUAGCGAUAUCACCCAGGUUAACGUCUAUGAUCUCGGUAGGACAUUGAAUUUUGUGACGCGGACGCUGCGCAUAAACUUGCCGGCAACGGAUCCGUGUCUUUACAUCUUGCGCUUUGCCGUCAUGCUGGACUUUGGCGAGAAGCAGAAGGACAUCGUCACCUUGGCCACCCGACUGGUAGAACGUAUGAAACGCGAUUGGAUGGCUACAGGGCGACGUCCAACCGGGCUAUGCGGGGCAGCUUUGCUACUUGCUGCCAGGGCCAACAAUUUCAACCGCAGCGUCCAAGAUAUCGUCCGAGUUGUUCAUAUUUCUGAACAGGUGGUGAGAAAGCGUCUCGACGAGUUUUCGCAAACACCGUCCGCCAAUUUGACCGUGGACGAAUUCGCUACACUCGAUUUGGAGCACUCUGAAGAUCCGCCGGCUUUCCGUGAGGCUCGCCGCAAGGCCAGGGAGGAGCAGAUCAGGCGAGAGCAGCUGUGCGUCGACAUGAUGUCUAAGGAUCUGCUACCCGUCCAAGCCAAACUCGAACACGAGCUGGACAAGAAGUUGAAGGAAAAGUUCAAGAAGGCACCACUCGCAUCCGUCGUCGGCCCAUCCCUUGAUGACCCGGAAGUGGGGGCCAUUGGCGAUCAGAUUAUCAGAAACUCGAUCAUUGACACGGCGUUUGACACGGCUUAUGGAAAUGCUGGCCCCUCCACGCAACACCACUGGUCUGCUUUUCAAGUGACUGCUGAACAAUUGGGCAUUGGGAACUAUCUGAAUUCGUCUACUCACUCUAACCAACCGGAAGUGCAGGAAGAGUUGCCUCUGGAGCGCGAAGAUGGGGAACUCGAUUUGAGCGGUAUUGAUGACCGCGAGAUUGAUUCUUACAUCCUAACCGACAAAGAAACGGAAAUAAAAACAACAGUAUGGAUGAAGGUGAACGGCGAGCAUCUACAGGAGAUGGAGGAACGACAAUUGAAACGUAAAGCACAGGAAGAACUGGACAACCUCGAUCCAAAUAAGAAGAAAAAGAAAAAGCCGAACCGAAAGAAGGAGGACAUCAACGCCAACAAUCCGCUUGAAGCCAUCGAGAAGGUUAUCCAGGAGAAACGGCUAUCCAACAAGGUCAACUACGACAUCCUCAAAGAGAUCGAGCAGGGCACAUCGGGGCUGCAACAGUCUUUUAUUACCAAAGAGGAGAUCGGAAUGACGCCGGCUGAAAUAGUUGAUGAAGUUAAUCGCUUGGUGGCGCCGGAUAUGAAACUUGUUGAUGAUAUGGAGUCUCCAAGCAUGGAAUUCGCGACGGGAUCUGGUGCUACAAUGUCCGGCGAGCUAUCCAAGAACGAAGCGGCCAGAAAGCGGCGUGGUGCCAAGCAGUUGAUCAUAUCUAUGGGCGACGUUAAAUCGCAGCUAUUCGGUGAUGAAAAAGUUGUCAAAGCGGAGGUCAUGUCGGUUGAUACCCAGAGCGCACAUGUGGACAUCGUCAAAAAAGAACCUGACGAUUCGUCUACUUCGAGCGCGCGGCCACGAUUCGUCAAGCCGAAGCCGAACAUCGGGAAGCCAAAGAAGAGCACGCUUCCUGCUUGCAAACUGAAAGUCCCGCAACUGUCCAGAACCAACGGCAUUGAGGAGGCGAAGCUAGUGAAAAAAGAACGAGUCGAACCCGCUGUUGUGGGUUUACAGCAAGAGACGGUACAGGACCAGCCAACUGAAGCCCCGAGCUGCUCGAACCAACCAGUGGCUGAAAAUCCGCCGUCACCCGAGCCCCAAGCUGCCGUAGAAGAAGAACCGACACCAGAAGCGGAAGCCGUUGCCAAGCCAGAGACCACCGAAAUUCCGGCCCCGGCCGCGAGCACCAGGGCCCGCUUCGCAAAACCAAAGCCGAAUAUCGCAAAGCCCAAAAAGAAGGGCGCCGUU